CUUCUUAAGUCCGCGGAGGCGCUCGCUACUCCUCACUCUUCUUUCCCGCUAGUCUCCCUCCUGCGCGAUGGCUUCGGCGCUGAGCUAUGUCUCCAAGUUCAAGUCCUUCGUGAUUUUGUUCUUCAGCCCGCUCCUGCUGCUGCCACUCAUCAUUCUGAUACCCGCCAAGUUUGUCAGGUGUGCCUACGUCAUCAUCAUCAUGGCCAUUUACUGGUGCACAGAUGUCAUCCCGGUGGCUGUCACCUCCCUCAUGCCUGUUUUGCUCUUUCCACUCUUUCAGAUACUGGACUCCAAAGAGGUAUGUGUCCAGUACAUGAAGGACACCAACAUGCUGUUCCUGGGCAGCCUCAUUGUGGCAGUGGCCGUGGAGCGCUGGAACCUGCAUAAGAGGAUUGCGCUGCGCACGCUGCUCUGGGUCGGAGCCAAGCCCGCACGGCUGAUGCUGGGCUUCAUGGUCGUCACGGCCUUCCUGUCCAUGUGGAUCAGCAACACAGCCACUACAGCCAUGAUGGUGCCCAUUGUAGAGGCCGUGCUACAGCAGAUGGAAGCCACAAACGCAAUCUCUGAGACUCGACUUGGGGCAUUGGAGCUGGUGGACAAGGGCAAGGCUGGACAACUGCCAGAGAACCAAGUGACUUUUGGAGACCCCACCAUGGAGAAGCAGGAGGACCAGGAAAGGAAGAACAUGUGCAAGGCUAUGAGCCUGUGUGUGUGCUAUGCAGCCAGCAUUGGGGGCACGGCCACCCUGACUGGGACGGGACCCAACGUGGUGCUCCUGGGCCAGAUGAACGAACUGUUUCCUGACAGUAAGGAUCUGUUGAACUUUGCUUCUUGGUUUGGAUUUGCCUUCCCCAACAUGCUGCUGAUGCUGCUACUUUCCUGGCUGUGGCUCCAGUGCAUUUAUAUGAGAUUCAAUUUUAAAAAAUCCUGUAGCUGUGGGACACAGAGCAGGAAUAAGGAGAAGGCUGCCUAUGAAGUGAUACAGGAGGAGUACAGAAAGCUGGGACCCUUGUCUUUCGCUGAGGUCAAUGUCCUGAUCUGCUUCCUCCUGCUGAUUGGUCUGUGGUUCUCCCGAGAUCCCGGUUUCAUGCCAGGAUGGGCGUCCAUUGCCUGGGAGGAAGAUUCAAAGAUGUAUGCCACGGAUGCCACUGUGGCCAUCUUUGUGGCCAUCUUGCUAUUCAUUGUACCUUCACAGAAGCCCAAGUUCAACUUUUGCAGCCAGACCGAGGAAGAAAUGAAAACUCCAUUUUAUCCCCCAGCACUGCUGGACUGGAAAGUAACUCAGGAAAAAGUGCCCUGGGGCGUUGUGCUGCUACUAGGGGGUGGAUUUGCCCUGGCUAAAGGAUGUGAGGCCUCAGGGCUCUCAGAGUGGAUGGGGAAGCAGAUGGAGCCCUUGAGCAAUGUGUCCCCAGCAGCCAUCACGCUGAUCUUAUCCUUGCUUAUUGCUGUGACCACUGAAUGCACAAGCAACGUGGCCACCACCACCCUGUUCUUGCCCAUCUUUGCCUCCAUGUCUCGUUCCAUCGGCCUCAAUCCGCUGUACGUCAUGCUCCCCUGUACCCUGAGUGCAUCCUUUGCCUUCAUGUUGCCUGUGGCCACCCCGCCUAAUGCCAUCGUGUUUGCCUACGGACACCUCAAAGUUUCUGACAUGGUGAAAACAGGACUAAUGAUGAAUGUAAUUGGAGUCAUGUGUGUGUUUCUGUCCGUCAACACCUGGGGACGGGUCAUAUUUGACUUGGAUCAUUUCCCUGACUGGGCUAAUGUUACACACAUUAAGACUUAGGAAGAGCCACAGGACCUUGCACACGGCCUGCACUCUCCUGAGGACUACAAAUUUCCAGCACACCUUGCACAGAGCUUUGGGGUUCACACCCCAGAGUGACUCAAUCGUGCCCACACCCCACCAAGACCCAGCCAGUGGGUCACCUCUUCCUUCAGGGCUAGAGUCAGAGAUGGUGAUGGGCAGGCUCAGAAGUGAAGAGAUCCUCUCAAGAGGCAUGGGAUCCAUUUUCCUGGGCCCUGCCAUCAUCUCUGGGACUGGCAGGUAGGAGAGGGACCAGGACAGAGGCCCUUGUACCAUGGAGCCCUGGGCAGCCACCAUGCUGGCCUAUGCUGGGCUCUGGUUCUCACCUGCUUAGUCCCAGGUAGUCCACAUGGGAAUUAGAACCCCAGGAUGGGGGCUGAGGAAAUAACCUGGCAGUGCCUGUGCCUCCUCUGGCUGCCUCAAAUCAUUUGUCACUCUGAAGGGGAUAACUCAGCCAGGAGGCAGCCCCAACUGCUGGAGUGACAGCACCUUCUGGAAGCUCUUGGAUCCUGAUACGGCACCAAAACCAAAGGAGAAGCACUUUGACUUGCCAACUUCAGGAUGACACCUGCCUCCCUUCCCACAGCUCCUCCUGGCUGACCAGCUCCCCUCGUUUAACUAACAAUCUGGCCCCAUUUCCCAACUGUCCAGUGAGCCUCCUUCCACCCCUAAGUCCCUUUGUUGUCUGGACCAGCAGCUGCUGAAAUCCCAAGGAUCCCUUCUUUGCCCCCAGGCAAGCCAGCUUGGCUCUUUGCAGACAUGCUUUUUCCUACCAGUGCCAUACAGCUGGGAUUACACUCCACAUGUGGGCACUGCGGAUCUUUGGUGGCCACCGUGAAGUACCUAGGUCCUCUCUCAUCUUCAGGUACAGAGUGGAUGCAGUAUUCAUUUCCAGUGGCCGGGCCACCUCAGAGUUUAGUUGUCCGGCUGGAGUUUGAGCUCUGCUGGGAAUUCCUUCCCCUAUUGACUGGCCACAGCAGCCAAGCCUGGCAGCAACAGAGCAUCACUGAGAAUGAGCAGAAUGAGUGCUGGUCCCUAAACCACACACCUACCUUGUGGGUGAAUCUACCUGAGUUUACCGGUAAUAGUGGCAGUGUGGACAUAGAAACUCUCUGAAACCCCAUGAGAGAGGGAGACGCGAGAGGCAAUCACCUUGUUCUUCCCUUCCCCUCCCUCCCUUCCUCCCUCCCCUUCCUUCCCUUCUCCUCCUCUCCCUUCCUC